UUUCGUGUCGGCAAGUACUUUCCGCGCGGGGCCCCGGCCUCGCCUCCCACAGCCCCCACCGUUGUUCAGGCACUCAUUCAAAGGCUAUCGUUUACCCUGUGCUUGACCUCGCCUGCCUUGAGCGCUAUCACGACUCGGAGCGGUCACAGCCAAGCGACACGCGUCCUUAAGGUGCCGCAAGUGCUCGGGGCAGCCUCUGGGAUGCAGACUCCCAGACUCCUUGCGCACACACACACCCGCUCCUUGCCAGCAUCCCUUUACCCCACACACCCCGAGGCCUCGCACACAUUGAAGUAUUAUCAUUCCCACAUACUGUUGCCUGUUGCCUGCUUGCACACAAGCGCUUUGUUACAGAGCACCUUACACUGUAACAGCAACCUUCAAUUUCCAUCAAGUUGAAGUUUGUAUCAAUGAAUCGAUAGAGCGCAGCUGUGUCGAUAGCUGACAGUGAGGCCUGCCAAAGAUGUCGCGCGCAAAACACCAGCAGCUCAACAUCGUGGACAGGCCUCUUACCAAGAAUAAGGCAGAGGUGCCCACCGUAAGCUUGAGUGCGUUUGCGUACCUGUUCAGCGAGUACAUCCAAUAUCUCGUGGACCGGGCAAACAGCAUUACUGAGCUCGAAGAGAGGUUGGAGCGGGUGGGCUACGACGUGGGUGUGCGGGUGCUGGAGCUGCUGUCGUACCGGGAGAAGUCCCUGCGGCGCAAGACGGAUGUGCUGGACAUACUCCGCUUCAUCCACGGCCCCGCCUGGCAGUACCUGUUUGGCAAGACCGCGGAUGACCUGCAACAGGCAGCCAACGCCGACGACGAGUACUACAUCCGCGACUACGACCUGAUGGUGAGCCGCUACAUCUCCGUGCCGCGCUCCUACGAGCCCUUCAACCCGGGCACACUGGCGGCGGGCAUGAUGCGCGGCAUGCUGGACAGCGCCGGAUUCCCCUCGCGGGUGACGGCGCACUUCGUGUCUCACAAGGACCGGCCGCGGCCCAUCACCACCUUCAUGAUCAAGCUGGAGCCGGCGGUCAUGCAGCGCCAGGCCUUCCUGGAGGCAGCCAAGAAGGGGUAGCGCCACAUGGAGGUAGCGCGCCCCGGGGGUGGUUCUUGCAGGCGGGCAGCGCCGCCGUGAACCCGUGGUGCUUGCAGGGGUGCAGGCAGGAGCAGGAGGGUAUCAGCGCCCGGGGUGCCGGCUACGGGCGGGUAGGGCCCCGGAAUGGUUCCAUAGACGGCGGCAGAGCUUCUCUACCAACCAGUGGUAGCGGCCUGGACCCGCACGGGACAGAGGGUUGCUAGCAGUGGAAUCCGGCAAUCCGUGUGAGAACUGAACCCGUCAAGGCACGUGGUGGCGCAGCCAACUGAGCUGAUGGGAGGCUGGGAGAUACGGUGCUGGAGCUGGAGUGUGGGGCUUGAUGUAAGCUUGCACAUGGCUUGAAAUGGCCAGUUACCCGCAGCGGGGUGGUUGGCGCGGUAGGUUCAUCUACGCCGUGUAGACGCCGUGGCCCUCCACGCAUCUACAAGAUAGCUAUGGGCAUCGCUGCUCAUGGUACUCACUGGUGCCGCUCGUAAAGUGUGCUGAGAGGCUGCGGUUAGCGUUGAUACUCGCUCACUCAGGCCAAGUGCUGGUUACAUCUGCACUGCUGUGUGGCUGGCGGUGGUGAUUCAUGAGAGCAGAUUAUUGGACUCGAGCCUGGGCGAGCCUUAUGUGCAGUUCUAGCGUGUACAGACGUGUACAGAGGUCCAGUAGGUUUAGGUGAAGGCACAA